GGGAAAACCAUAGAGAUGAGCAGGCAGAGCGGCGCUCGCCAAGAUGGCGGCGCCCAGUGACGAGGAGGGGGCGGUGGGGCCCAGGUGCCACCACCGCUCCCCGGCCAUGCUGGACGUGCCCUUCCUGCCCUUCAGUGCCUUCCUGGGAGCGCUGGGACUGCUCUGCGUGGCCAUGGUGGGCACCUGGUGCCAGCACUGGCGCGGGGGCUUCUCCCUGGACGGCAGCUCCCGCACGUUCAACUGGCACCCGGUGCUGAUGGUGACGGGCUUGGUGGUGCUCUACGGCGCAGCUGCCCUGGUUUACCGCAUUCCCCACACGUGGAGCGGCCCCAAGCUUCCCUGGAAGUUGCUGCACGGCAGCUUGGCGUUGGCAGCGUUCGUCCUGACCGUGCUGGGGCUGGCGGCCGUGUUCUGCUUCCAUAACUCCCAAGGGACGCCCAACAUGUACUCGCUGCACAGCUGGAUGGGGCUGGCAACUGUCCUGCUCUUCUCCUGCCAGUGGGCGGCGGGUUUUGGAGCGUUCCUGCUGCCCUGGGCUCCCACCUGGCUCCGGGCACUCUACAAGCCCAUCCAUGUUUUCUUUGGCUCCACCAUCCUCAUGCUGUCGGUGGCUUCCUGCAUGUCAGGAAUCAAUGAGAAGCUUUUCUUCAGCCUGAAGAACGGGACCAUGGCAUACAAGCUCCUGCCGGCUGAGGCCGUGUUUGCCAACACCCUGGGGCUCCUCAUCCUCAUUUUUGGAGUGCUGGUGGUGGCUGCCCUGGCCAGGCCCAGCUGGAAGCGCCCGGAUUCUGACUCCCCGGACUCCCGCCAGCCCCUGCUCUCUGCUGAGCGCUGAUCCCAGGGAUCUCCAGCACUGCCAAGCUGUAUCCUUGUGCCUCCACGUGCCAGCUCCUGCCUGGAUCCUGGGCCAUGCCCAACCCCAGCGCUUGCCGGUGCCAUCCCUCAACGCCGCAGCUGCAGCUGCCAGAGCCUCGCUGGGACAACGAGGAGCAUCCUUGUCACUGCCACUCCAGAGGAUCCGGCUCAGGGUGGAGCCACUCAGGGGCCUCGUGGACGUGGAAUA